AUGAGAUUCAGAGAUUGGCUACAGGACCCAUUGACGCAACCCCAACAAGCUGUCAAUGCUCUGCGCCUGGAGAUGUCGCUUUUAAUCCACAUUUUAGCAACUUUGGCCUUGUGGUGUCCCGUUAGGGCUCUGCUGCCGGAGUUUGGGGAUGUUUGCACGGAAGGCAGCUGCUAUCCCGCCACAGGUGACCUGCUGAUAGGCCGCGCGCACAAACUCGUCGCCUCCUCCACCUGUGGCCUGGAGCGGCCGGAGCGCUUCUGCAUUGUCGGACAUCUGGAGGAGGAGAAGAAAUGUUUCGUGUGCGACUCCCGGCGGAUGUUCGACGAGCAAAACAACCACAGCCACACCAUCGAGAACGUGGUCACCACCUUCGCCGCCAACCGCCUCAAGACAUGGUGGCAGUCGGAGAGUGGUGUGGAGAAUGUGACCGUCCAGCUGGACCUAGAGGCCGAGUUUCAUUUCACUCAUCUUAUCAUGACUUUCAAGACGUUCCGGCCGGCUUCCAUGGUGAUCGAGCGGUCGAUGGACUUCGGGAGGACGUGGCAGGUUUACCGUUACUUCGCUUACGACUGCGAGGCCUCUUUCCCCGGUGUGUCGACGGGUCCGAUGGUCAAAGUGGACGACAUCAUGUGUGACUCACGAUACUCGGACAUCGAACCGUCUGCAGAGGGAGAGGUGAUAUUUCGGGUGCUGGACCCCGCCUUUGAGAUUGAGGACCCAUACAGCCUGAGGAUACAGAACUUGCUGAAGAUCACAAACAUCAGAGUCAAGUUCAUCAAGCUCCACACGCUGGGCGACAACCUGCUCGACUCCCGCGACGAGGUGACGGAGAAGUACUACUACGCCCUUUAUGAUAUGGUCGUCCGUGGCAACUGCUUCUGCUACGGCCACGCCUCCGAGUGCGCCCCAAUGGAUGGAGCACCCUUAGGAUACGAGGGAAUGGUCCAUGGCCGCUGUGUGUGUAAUCACAACACCGAAGGACUUAACUGUGAACGCUGUCAAGACUUUUACCAGGAUUUACCCUGGAGACCUGCGGAGGGACGAAACACCCACUCCUGCAAGAAGUGCGAGUGUAACCAUCACUCCACCUCGUGUCACUUCGACCUGGCCGUGUACAUGAGCACCGGGAACGUGAGCGGAGGCGUGUGCGACGACUGCCAGCACAACACCAUAGGCCGACAGUGCGAGCAGUGCGGCCCUUUCUUCUACCAGCACCCUAACCGAGACCUGAGGGACCCCAGCGUCUGCGAACCGUGUAACUGUGACCCAGCCGGGUCUCAGCGGGGGGGGAUAUGUGAUGCGAGGACGGACGUGGCAGCCGGGCUGAUUUCAGGCCAGUGUCGGUGCAAAGACAACGUGGAGGGAGAGCGCUGCGACCACUGCAGACAGGGACACUACGGACUGGGAGAGGGACCACAAGGAUGCCUACCUUGUACCUGUAACCCGUUGGGCACGCUGCCUGGAGGAAACUCCUGUGAUUCAGGCACAGGAAGGUGCUUCUGCAAACGGCUGGUGGACGGACAUAACUGCGAUGAGUGUCGGCCGCAGCACUGGGGUCUCUCCAAUGACAUGGAUGGCUGCAGACCAUGUGACUGCGACCAGGGCGGGGCGGUCAACAAUAACUGUGACCCUCACUCAGGACAGUGUGUGUGCAGGGAGCGCAUGUUUGGACGACGUUGCGACCAAGUCGAGUCCGGCUUCUACUUCAUCACUCUGGACCACUACACCUACGAGGCCGAGGACGCCAAGCACGGACCCGGUGUGACGGUGGUGCCGAGGCCUUAUCCUCUGGAUCGGAGUCCGACGUGGACUGGUAUGGGCUUCGUUAACGUGCCAGAAGGAGCCUACUUAGAGUUCACCAUCAGUAACAUCCCUGAGUCCAUGGACUAUGACAUGCUUAUUCGUUACGAGCCGCAGCUUCCUGAGCAGUGGGAGCAGGUGAAGGUCCAAGUGGAGCGUCCCCUCGUUGACCCUCCGAACUACUCCAGUCACUGUGGCAACGCCAUCCAGAGCGGAGACGAGCAGUCCGUCUCUCUUCCACCUGGAUCCAGACAUGUGCUGCUGGUGAGGCCGGUGUGCUUUGAGAAAGGGCUGAACUACACGGUGCGUCUCAGCCUGCCGCUCUACUCGUCUGUCAGCGACCACCAGAGCCCGUACACACUCAUCGACUCUUUGGUGCUGAUGCCACGGAUCAGGGAGCUGGACAUGUUCCACGGGAUCGAAGGUGAAGGAGCGUGGGAUACGUUCCAGCGCUACCGAUGUCUGGAGACGAGCCAGAGCGUCGUCAAGAGCCCCUUGACCGACAUCUGUAACGACUACAUCUUCAGCGUCUCCGCUCUGCUGCACAAAGGAGCCAUGGCAUGUCAGUGUGACCCUCAGGGUUCACUCAGCACCAUCUGUGAGUCCAGCGGAGGGCAGUGUCAGUGUCGACCCAACGUGGUCGGCAGGAACUGCGACCACUGCGCCCCGGCAACGUUCCUGUUCAGCCCCGCCGGCUGCAGACAUUGUGACUGUGAUCCUCGAGGUGCUGUCAACUCCUUCUGCCACGAGGCGACCGGUCAGUGCGACUGCGUUACCGGGGCAACCGGGCGUCAGUGUGCCCACUGCCUGCCGGGCUUCUGGGGCUUCCCUCAGUGCCGACCGUGCCACUGUAACGGCCACAGCGAGUACUGCCACCCUCAGACCGGAGAGUGCCAAGGCUGCCGAGACUUCACCACCGGACACCACUGUGAAAGGUGUCUGGAUGGUUACCAUGGUGACCCUGAGUUGGGUUCGGACAGCCACUGCCGCCCCUGCAUGUGCCCCGACGGCCCGCGCAGUGGACGCCAGUUUUCGGACAGCUGCUAUCUCCUGGGUAACACAAACCAGCUGGUGUGUGUGUGCAGCCCUGGAUACAAAGGCGCCAGGUGUGACGAGUGCUCUCCCGGUUACUUCGGGAACCCUCUGGUGCCCGGCGGGCGCUGCACACCCUGCCAGUGUAACAACAACAUCGACAUGCACGACCCGAGGUCCUGCGAUGCUCGGACGGGUGCGUGCCUCGCCUGCCUGUAUCACACAGAGGGCUACGCCUGCCAGCACUGCAAACUGGGUUACUACGGCAACGCUGCCGCACAGAGCUGCAGGAAGUGUAUGUGUUACUCGAUGGGCACGGUGCGUCAGGCCUGCUCCUCCCCAGACGAAUGUCAGUGUGACCGGUACAGCGGCCAGUGUCACUGCCAGCCCAACGUGGUCGGCCAGAACUGCGACCGCUGCGCCCCCGAUACGUGGAACAUCGCCAGCGGGACGGGCUGCCAGCGCUGCGACUGCGACCCGGUCCACUCCUUCGGAUCCUCCUGCGAUGUGGUUACAGGACAUUGCAUGUGCAAACCUGGUUUUGGUGGCAAGACAUGUCGGGAGUGCAAAGAGCUCUUCUGGGGGGAUCCAGAGGUUAAAUGUCACGCUUGUGACUGCGAUCCUCGGGGAAUCUCCAGCCAGCAGUGCCAUCCUGCCACCGGACAGUGUACCUGCAAGGAGGGCAUGUCCGGCAUGCGCUGCGACAAAUGCGCCCGGGGUUACCAUGGCGAAUUCCCUGCCUGCGAACCCUGCCACCAGUGCUUCUCCAUCUGGGACACUGUGGUGGGCGAGCUGAAAAACCAAACAGAGCGUCUGGAGGCCAAAGUGACCGAGCUGCAGACCACUGGGGUGACGGCGCCGUAUAAAGAUUUAGUCAACAGCCUGGAGAGGAACGCCAAAGCUGUGAGAGACAUAGUAGAGAGCAACCCUGCAGCCAUGAAGCUGGAGCAGAUACAGGAGCUGAUGCAUCAGAUUACGGGUGUGAUGUCAUACCUGAACGGAAAGCUGAACACGACCGAGGAGGCGCUGAACCUUCUCCACAAGGACUCGAACGCCACCGAUGCUAACUUGGAUGAAAUGAUGGAGGAGGCGAAGCAGCUGGAGCAGAACGUCCAGGAGAUGAGACAGCAGGUGUUCAACGCCAAGAACGCCAACCUCCAGGGCGCCAUGGAUACCAUCGCAGCAGCACACGCACAGUCCGUGACGGCAGAGCUCCGCGCCAACCUCUCCACCAGUAAUCCCGGCAACUUGGUUUCUCAGUCGGCCGAGGUACGGAAAGCCACGGAGGACAAACUGAGCAAGAGUCAGAAGGAGUUUGACCGCAAGCACCAAAGACACAAUCAGAAACUCGACAAGCUGGGCAACGAGCUGGAUAAAUUCAACCUGACGCCUCUGAGCGAGAAGACAUGCGGUGCUGCAGCUGAUGAUGAGAGCUGCUCCAGUUCCCUCUGCGGUGGGUUGGGAUGCGUCGGCGAGGACGGAGCACCUAAGUGUGGAGGAGAAGGCUGCAGCGGCAUCGUCACAACCUCCGAAACUGCUUUAAAAUCAGCCAAAGAUCUGGACCAGGAGAUCCUCUCAGCGAUGCAGGAGGUGGAUAAACUCUCCAGGAUGGUGUGGGAAGCAUCCACCCGCGCCAACGAGGCCAAGGCCAACGCUCAGGAGGUGCUGAUCAAAUCCAACCGGAGCAAAGAGAGAGUGGAGCAGAGCAACGAGCAGCUCCGUGACCUCAUCAAAGAGAUACGAGACCUGCUCACCAACGAUAAGGCCAACGUGUCCGUGAUCGAGGCGGUGGCCAACGAGGUGCUGGCUCUGGAGAUGCCGACCUCGACGGAGAAGCUGCAGGAGCUGACGAAGGAGAUCAGGGAGAAAGUCAGCACUCUGACCAGCGUGGAGACGAUCCUCAUUCAGAGCGCUGACGACAUCCACGCUGCAGAGACGCUGCUCAAACAGGCCAAAGCUGCCAGCGAGCAGGCGUCCAACAUGAAGGACACAGCGGACAUCGUGAUGGCGGCCCUGAAUGAGACGGAGCGAGCUCAGAGUAUCGCCAUGGACGCUAUCGAGAUGGCCCUGAACAACACGAGAGGCACGCAGGACCUGCUGGUGUCUGUGGAGUCAGAGACGGCCGAGUCGGAGCUGAAGCUGAGUAACACCACUGGUCGCCUGCUCAUGCUGGAGCGGGAGGUCGGCCUGCUGAGACAGAACAACCUGGAGGUGGACCGGCUGGCGGAGACGGCCGACUCGAUCACGGAGCACGCCAAGCAGAACGCAGACGAGGCGCAGCAGGAGUUUGACGCGGAGGUGAAAGAUAAAUUGCAGGAGGUGGAGGACCUGGUGGAGGAUAAAGGGUAUUCGGUGCUGAAGGCGAGGAAGAGAGCGGAGGAGCUGCAGCAGGAAGCCAAAGAGCUGCUGGCUCAGAGUAGCGACAAGCUGCAGAGACUCGGAGAUUUAGAGAGCUCCUACGAGGCCAACCAGCGCAUCCUGGAGGCCAAAGCUGCCGAGCUGGUCGAGCUGGAGGAAAUGGUUAGUAAGAUCCUGGGAGAGAUCAGCCACAAAGUGACGCUGUACAGCACCUGUCUGUGAUGCUCCGGCUCAUCACCAAACCUCUCCACGGUGCUCGAGUCGGACGAGCCGGGACCUAAAUAAUGCCAAAUCACCACUCCCAUCUGAUCCCAUCUGAUUCCCUGAGUAUUUCACAGCUAUUAGAGCCUCAAUAUGUUUCACACUGUCACAGCCAAAAGUUUUGAUUGUGCUCGAGCCAGCUGCUUAACACCCAAAUAUGUCGGACAGCUGCGCCAAAAAAAAAAAAAAGAAAGAAAGGAGUUUAACGAUGUAUUAAAGAGCGUUAAAGCUGAAGUAAGGAGUCCCGAAGGAAACCACUAAAAGCCAACCUGACCUCAAGUGCUACAAACCAAGAAUGUGUAGAGAAUAUAACACAAUUAAGCUGUAUAAGCUACUGCCAUAUUUAACUCUAUGACUGAACAUGUUAGAUACAGAUAUAUAAAAGUGUUUAUAUGUAAACUUCAUAAGCCCAAAAGAUAUGAACGAUUGUUUGGACCA